CGCUUCUGUCAAACCCCCCCCCCCCCCCCCCCCCCCCCCCCCCGCAGCGGGGGCUUUUCUUAUGAAAAUCCCACCGGAAGUGCUACAUGGUUCCGUGCCGUUGGGAUUGCGCAUGCGCUAAUGCAGACCGGAGCAGCUCGCCACAGCCCGGUUCAAAGAGCAUCACUGCGGGCCCCGCGGAGCCGAGCCGAGCCGGACCGGACCGGACCAGACCGGAGCGGACCGGAGCGGACCGGAGCGGACCGUGACGAGCCGCCAGCGGAGCCACGUCCAGCGGCCGGACUCUGAGCUCUUGUCCAGCAGGUCCAUGUUUCGUCUUCAGUCCUCGUCGCGGCUCGUCCUCCGCUGAGGAACCAUGUCAGCUCCUCCCCCCCAGGAGGCGGGGGUCCAGGGGGGUCAGAUGGUCCAGGGGGUCCAUGCGGAUCCGGGGGGCUGGGACUGCCUGGGGGGUCUGGGUCUCAGUCAGAAGGAGCUGGUCCUGGCCGAGGCCCUGCAGAUGGAGUACGACGCCCUGUCCCGGCUCAGACAGGAGAAGAGUGCCGACCCCCCCCAGACCCGGGCCAGGACCCUCAAGCCCCCCGUGGAGCGCCCCCUGCCGCUGCCCCCGGGGUCCCGGUCCCGGUCCCCCCCGUCCGUCCCAGCCAGGGCCCCUCUUCCUCCCGGGGGUCUCGUCACAGAGUCGGGUCCAGAGUCCGGCCCCCCCCGAGACCCCCUCAGAGACCCCCUCAGAGACCCCCCCAGACCCGAGUCAGGGUUUGUGGCCAAAGGCUUUUCUGACCCGCCGGACGACGUCCCGCCUGCCGUCCCACCAAGAAACCCCGCCCCCCCCCCGCCGGGACCGGAGACCCGCUCCAUGUCCCCCCGGGCGUCCACGUCCUCCCGGGACGUCAACGUCUUCACGGCCGCCGAGGACCCCCCCAAGGUGACCACCGGCCGGCUGAGCUGCGACUCGCUGGCCCAGCUGCACCGCGGCGCCGGCGCCGGCCAAUCAGGGAAGCCCGUGGCCCGGAGUAAGACCCUCCCCCCUCAGGUGCCCCCCCGGACCUACGCCCCCCCUCCCAGGAGCAACAAGAACCAGAGACCAGUCUCUGCAGAUCCGGGGUCUGGAGGCUCCAGGACCGGCGGCUUCGGCUGUGAGCUGUUCCAGGUCUCUGAGGAGCGGGACGAGGAGGUGGCCGCCUUCUGCCACAUGCUGGACGUGUUGCGGUCAGCCUACCCGUGCAGUGACCGGGAGCAGAACCCGGGUCUGGUCUGGUCCCCGCUGGGGGGUCCGGAGCAGCUCCACCAGGCGCUGGGGGUCAGCCUGAAGGUGACGGUGGCGAGCCAGUUCUUCAGGGAGCCAAUCACCUUCACCUGUGACGCCUCCUCCACUGUGGACCUCCUGAUCCAUCAGACCCUCUGCUACGCUCCUGAGGACCGUCUCCAGCUGGACGUGGACCAGUACCUGCUGAAGGUCUGUGGACAGCACCAGUUCCUCCGCAACUCUCAGACUUUAGCAGGUCUGGAGUUUGUUCAGCAGAGUCUGAAGUUCGACUCCGACGUCCAGCUGGUGCUCGUGAAGAGAUCUGACCUCAGCAGGGAGCUGUGCCGCACGGAAGCAGACGACGCUCAGGCCUCCACCAUGAACCACAGCAUCCUGCUGCAGGAGCGGCCAAUCAGACAGACCGUCACCAGGGAGGCUCUCACUCUGCUGCUGGAUACUUUUCACAACGAGGCGGAGUCCUUCCUGCUGUCAGAGCAGGCGGCGCUGCCGCUGCAGGUGGAGCGCCUGGUGCAGUCGGUGAAGGCGCUGUGCAGCUCUCUGGCGUCGGUGGAGACGCCGGACGUGACGCGGGCGCUGAGCCAGCUCCCAGCAUGCCCCUGUCGUCUGCAGCCCAGAGUCCUGAAGGAUGCAUCGGUGCUGGCGGUCAGAGAGAACAGAGAGGCGGUGGUGGAGAAGCUGACGGCGGCCAUCCUGGACCUGGUGGAGCUCUACUGCUGCACCUUCAACGCCAACUUCCAGCCGGCGCCGCAGCCGCACCGCCUCACGGCGCCGCAGCAGGAGGCGGGGCUAGUCACCGCCGUGCUGUCCUUCACCGUGUACGCCGCUCACCGCAUCCCCAUCACCUGGGCCGCCAGCUUCGAGGACUUCUUCCUGUCCUGCUCUCUGACUCAUGGGGGGGCGGAGCUCUGCGCUCCACAGCACACCUGCAGGCAGCCGGUCAGCAAGUACCUGUUCCACCUGGUGGUGUGGGACCAGAGGGUGUGCUUCCCGGUGCAGAUCAACCAGCUGCCCCGGGAGUCUCAGCUGACGGUGACCCUGUACGCCAGCGGUCUGCCGCCCCCCGGUGGAGCAGAGGAGAAGAGCAGGCAGCGCCGCAGCGUGGAGCCUCUGGGCUGGGUGACCAUGCCGCUGUUCAGCUUCAGACAUGUGUUGACCUGUGGCAGGAAGUUACUCGGUCUUUGGCCUUCGACUCCUGAGAAAACUGGAAAUGCUCGAACAAGUUCGCCGAACUUCAACCAGCCGGACAGCGUGAUCCUGCAGGUGGACUUCCCGUCCUCGUCCUUCGAGGUGAUCUUCAGCUCCCCCCCCCCGGCUGACUUCUGUCCUCAGUACGACUUCAGCCGUCUGGACGGCGUCUCUCAGGUCCAACUGCAGGACGUCCUGAGCAAGAAGUCCCCCUUCUGGUUAACGCUGGAGGACAAGCGUCUUCUGUGGGAGAAGAAGUCUUUCUGUCAGGGGGACAGCUCGGCCCUCCCCCUGGUGCUGUCCAGCGCCCCCUGCUGGCAGUGGACAUGUCUCCCUGAGAUCUACGCACUGCUGAGACAGUGGGCCUGCCUGGGACACCUGGACGCCCUGGGGCUGCUGCACGCCUCGUUCCCGGACCAGGAGCUGAGACGGACGGCGGUGCAGUGGAUGGACUCCAUCUCAGACUCGGAGCUGCUGGACUUCCUGCCCCAGCUGGUUCAGGCCGUGAAGUACGAGUGCUACCUGGACAGCUCGCUGGUCCGGUUCCUCCUGCGCCGGGCCGUCUCCGACGUCAGCACCGCCCACUUCCUGUUCUGGUGCGUUCACUGACCC